AUGGGUUCCGAUGCAUCCUAUGAUGAGGAUGGAUCGCGUUAUAGCAAGAAUCGUGACUCAUCUGACAAGACUUCGAGACGUGACAGGUCUCGAGACAGGGACGACAAUCGACAUCGCCGUCGACGGCGGUCCCGCAGUCCUGAAUCGAGGAGGCACAGCUCACGCGACAGAGGUGGUAGGCGCGAUAAGAGAGCUCGAGACUCGCGCUCUCCUGAGGAUGAUUCAUAUGAGCGUCGACGAAGCCGACGUGUGGAAGACAACUUGGGUGACGAGGGCAGAAGUUCGAGGAAGAAGCACAAGCAAAGGGAGUCUCGCUGGGCUGAAGACGAGGACCAGCACGAGGAACGAGAGAGGCGCCGCAGGCGCCACCAAGAUGCUCCCCUGGGCGAUGCGGAACCUGCAGAGAACCAAGUGGCUGUGAGACGUGGUGGGCCUCUUCCAUCACAAGCAGACUCGUUCGCUGUCUCGAACGGCGAGGAACCGGAGAAACCCAAAGAAAAGCCGAACUUUGGAAACACGGGCGUUUUGGCAGCAGCGUCCAACUCGGUCACGCAAGCAGACGGGACGACGAUCACGCUAAAAUAUCAUGAGCCGCCCGAGUCGCGCAAACCUCCUCCCCGCGACCAGUGGAAGCUUUUCGUGUUCAAGGGCAAGGAUAUCGUGGACACUAUCGAGCUCAGCACGCGAAGCUGCUGGCUCGUGGGGCGAGAGCCAACAGUCGUUGAUCUACUGGCCGAGAACCCCAGCAUCAGCAAGCAGCAUGCAGUGAUCCAAUUUCGGUAUACCGAGAAGAGAAAUGAGUUCGGCGACAAGAUUGGAAAGGUGAAGCCAUAUCUAAUCGACCUAGAGAGUGCCAACCACACUAAGCUGAACGGGGAGGAAGUGCCUGACCGGAGAUAUCUGGAACUGCGACCAAAGGAUGUCGUCAAAUUUGGGUCUAGUGAGAGGGAGUACGUCGUCAUGCUCUCUAGGGAUUGACCGGAUCAUUUGGCAUUUUUUUGAGUCACCACCACUUUACUUUGCCAGCCCUGUCUGGGUGACGCAUGUGACUGCGGCUCUCUUCCCGAGACACGCUGAGGGCUGGCACGCAGAUCUGGUGGCCGCCUGGUGCGACUCUUCGGUGGCCAGUCACCAAUUCGACACCUCUCACAAGGGAAGCCUAGGCUUGUGAGGCCAAACAAAGGAAAAGAAGAAAAUGGCAUUUCAGGUCUCGCAGGCGUUAGUAGAAGAAGAUGAGUGCUGUGAAAUGCGGCUCGGCCGAUAAGUCAGCCUCGGGCGUCAGCUCUCAUCACUUAUGACGACUCCUCCAUCGAUGUGUAGCGGGUGAGCACAAAGGUGGUCCGUCAGACCGUACAGAGGCAAACAGGGGACAUGGAUGCAACAUUGUGAAGGUACUGCAUAAGGACAGGAAAAGGAAGGAAG